UGCAUAUAAGAAGGGAGAGACAUUCCCAUCUAUCCAAUUCUUUUCUCUAUUCCUCAUCAUUCAAUCUUCAAUCUUCUCUCUGUCCAAGUCUCUCUCAUACCAUACUCAUACUCUUCAUAUCAAUCUUCCUUUUCCCAAUUAAUUCUCUAUCAAAACUCUCAUCAUGGCUCCUAAAGUAGCUAUCGUUUUCUACUCCAUGUAUGGCCACAUCCAAAAGCUUGCCGAGGCCGAACAAGCAGGUCUCAAGAAAGCCGGAAUUGAAGCCGAUCUCUUCCAAGUUCCAGAGACUCUUCCUCAAGAGGUCUUGGCUAAGAUGCACGCUCCUGCAAAAUCCGACAUUCCAGUCAUCGACCCAAAGACUCUUGCAGAUUAUGUAAGUCUUACCAUUCCACUGUUAACCCCACAAACCACACUCACCCCAAGCUUUGAAUCUCCUCCUAUCCCUACACCCCAUACCCACCCAGCUGACACAGCCCAGGACGCAUUUCUCUUCGGUAUCCCAACCAGAUAUGGCAACUUCCCCGCUCAAUGGAAGGCCUUCUGGGACGCUACCGGCAGCCAAUGGCAAACCGGAGGCUACUGGGGAAAAUUCGCCGGAAUUUUUGUUUCCACCGGCACUCCAGGUGGUGGACAAGAAAGCACUGUUCUUGCUUCUCUCUCAACAUUAGCUCAUCACGGUAUCAUUUAUGUUCCAUUGGGUUAUGCAAAGUCGUUCCCACAACUCGCAAAUUUGGAAGAGGUUAGAGGUGGUUCCCCAUGGGGUGCCGGAACCUUCGCUGGCGCCGAUGGAUCUCGAUCACCCUCUGCACUCGAGUUAGAACUUGCCACCAUUCAAGGCGAGGAAUUUGGAAAGACCAUUAGCAAAGGUUCCGUCACAAACAAUGGAGAAGUAAAGUCAGAUUCAAUUUUGGCAGAUAGCCAUGGAGAAACCAAAAAUAUCCAACAAGCAAACCAUAAAGCAAGCCAUAAAGCAGACACAGGAGAAACCGGGGCUAAAGACAAGGAAGGCCCAUGUGGCCUGCCUGCCAAGUGCACCAUUCAAUAAUUUAAAACUUUUUAAUAGCAAAAUUUACAACAUUCAGAUGUAA